AGGAUUCUGUUUCACAACACAGAGGGGAGGGGGCUAGUUACAAAACAUUUCUAGCAUGUGGCGCCAAUUAUUUUCCUCCUAGUUUUUCCACUUACCAUCAUAGUUAUCGGCCGGGAGGUGUGCGUUUGUCACCUUCUUGCAGUGCAAUAGUUCAUACGUAUCGUUCUAAGUGCACUAAUAUGGCGACAAGACGUACAAAACGCGAAGCUGUUGUACGCUUAUUGGAAACGACCCCUGUGGAUCUCGAGGGAGCAGUCCGAAGAUCAUCACGAAACGCUCUGGCACCUAAACGCCUCCAGUACUCUCCUGAAAGCAGCACAGCUGAAACAAGCAAAAAGAAAAGGAGAACAAAAACGCACGAUGACAAAACCAGCCAGGAUGACAGAAAGGGCAGUAUGGAGGAGGAUGUGGAGCGCACAUCUGGUGGACAUGGAGGACUUUCAGCAUAUGAACUGGAGCGCCUGGAGAACAUCAGACAGAACCAAGCGUUCCUGUCUUCUAUCAACUUAUUCCAGGCAACUGAGGAGUUGAAGCAGUUGACACGGCCAAAGCCAUCGCAGAGGGGUCUCAUGAGGUCACAGGCUGCUGUAAAAGAAGUGCUGCCAGCUCGCAAAUCCCUGCGUCUUCAAAAUAAAGAGGCAGAGAUGUUGACACUUCCCCCAGAACCCAGGGGGGUGCUGAUCUAUGAACAGUCUUCGCCACUCAAGAAGCCUCCUGGCCCUCUGCCCAUGGAGCCAGUCAACAUGGAAGAGGGAAGCAAGCUGCCUUCACAGCUUCUUGACCUCUGCUCCGAGGAUUCAACAGAAGAAAGGAAGAUGGAGCUUGAUUUGAAAGAGUAUCGCUCAGCCCUUAAGAACAUGAGGAUAACUGAGGACCGAGUGGCCAAAGUGGUGAAGGACCGCAUCUUCUCUGCUGCCUUCCACCCUUGCACCAGCAGCCUGUUGGUUGCGGCAGGAGACAAGUGGGGGAAAGUUGGACUCUGGAAGCUGGGUGGUGGUUGGGAUGAUGAUGGUGUGCUGCUCUUUGAGCCCCACACUCGUCCAGUGAGCUGCAUGGCGUUCUCCAGAACUCAUCCCACCCACCUGCUGAGCCUCAGCUAUGACGGAUCUCUACGCUGCAUGGAUGUAGAGAAGGCUGUCUUUGAUGAUGUGUAUGACAUUGACGAUGGCCUGAAAACGUUUGACUUCAUGUCACAUGAUUGUUCGACACUAGUUGUUGGGAACUGGUAUGGAGAAGUUGCCAUCAUUGAUAGGCGCACCCCAGGAAACUCCCACGAGUCCCUCCACUCAUUGGACCCCAAGACUCUGCGUUGUGUUAGCGUCCACCCUUUACAGAAGCAUUACUUUGCUGUGGGAGAAAGCAAGGUAGUGAGUAUUUACGACAGCAGAUGCCUGAAGAAAACCAAAAGCCAGGCAGUCUCCCAGCUGCAUGGCCACUCUUUAAGCAUAUCCAGCGCUUAUUUCUCCCCUUGUACAGGCAACAGAGUUCUCACCUCCUGUAUGGAUAACUACAUAAGGAUAUAUGACACAUCUGCAAUGACCACUAAGUCUCCCUUGCUGACAUCCAUCAGACAUGACAUGCGCACAGGCCGCUGGCUGACCAAACUAUCAGCAGUGUGGGACCCCAAACAGGAAGAUUGCUUUGUGGUGGGGAGCAUGUUGAGGCCUCGGAGGGUGCAGGUGUUCCACGAAAACGGCCAGCUGCAGCACUCCUUCAUAGAUGACGAGAACCUCAACACAGUGCUGUCCGUCACUGCUUUCCACCCCACAAGGAACGCCUUACUGGGCGGCAAUGCGUCAGGGCGCCUGCAUGUCUUCUCUGACUUAGAUGAAAGUGUAUGACCAAGACCCCUGGGUGCUUCCAGUAGGAUAGGAAGAGCAAGUAAGGAAAUAGUUUUGUCACAGUCAAGUUGUACAGUGUAGAUAUCUAUCUCAUUGCUGGAAACUAGUCAGACAGUUGUCUCUUGCUUGUUCUCCCCUCUGGAUCUCUAUAGAGCUUUAAUAUAAUAUUGUCAUAAUUCUCACAAUAUAGUUAGUAACAUUCUUGUAAUGAAAACUUUAUACUCGUUAAGCCACUAGACAUGUUCAUUGAGAUGUUACACUUGCAUGUACAGUAUAAACAUUAUUACACUGUGAGGUUACACAGUAUCAUUAUCAAAGUAAUUUUCUUCACAACAAAAUACACAUUUAUUGCUACAUCGGGUAGGUAGUGUCAAAAUGUAGACCGGUCAGCUGUGAUGGCUCUUGCUCUUGUUAGAGAUGCGGUGAAGUGCAUCUCGGCCUCGGAAUUUGAUACAGCGUCUAUAAAAUAUUUAUCUCUUGGACCUUUUUCAUGUUUUCUUGUCUUCUUUCUUUCUGUCAUGUCAAAGUGAAAACAAAUCUCUCCAAAUCAUCCACUAUAGACUAAGCACUGAUGUAAAACACCACUAUAUUCACCCCUUUCAGCUUUGAGUCUACUGUGUGUGGAUAGGGCUGUAUCAGCGUUGCACAUGAGGACACUCAUGACCAAACUCUGUCAAGUUGCAUGGGGACUGUGAGUGAGCAACAGUGUUCGCCACAAAUUCUCGACUGAAUUGAGGUCUGGACUCCAGGAUGAUACGUGUUGUUUCGAGGCCACUCUUGUGUUGCUCAGGGAUUUCUGCGUUUUGCUGCAUUUAUUUUAGCCUCUCCCUCUACAAGCUGUCAGACCUUGCUGCAGAGCAGCAUCCCCACAGCAUGAUGCUGAAACUGCCAGCUUUCAUGGUGGAGAUGCUGUGUCUCUCCAUGUGUGAUGCUUGGCUUACACCGAACGCAGCAUUUAGUACGAUGGCCAAAAAACUCAGUUUUGCUUCAAACUUGCCUGCUUUUGGCAGAUUUACAGCUGUGUCAUAUUGUUUCCUCUGAUUAAUGAUCAACUGUAGUAUACUCUAGGGGAAAUUCAAUUUUGUGAUCUUUGUGUUUUUUGCCAGGAUGUUUAAUAACCAGUUGUUGGACCUUUUGAGACAGAGGUGCAUUUAAAGUCACUAUGUGUAGAUGUUUUAUGUGACUACACACGAGUGAUCUCUCAUUCAACUUAUGUGAAAAAUGCAAUUAAUCACUUACUUUAUUUUAUACUUAAUAUAGGUCAAUGUGUGGAGACUUGUCCACUUUAAGAUUAGAAAGUAGUUUUUUUUAUGUUUCAGUAAGGAAAAAUGCAAAUGCAUCCAGUGUGAUUGAAAAUAACAGGUGAAAAUGCAACAGGUUGAAAACAUUGUACAGGCACUGUAGGGAGCAAAUGAUUGAAUGUGUCCAUUGAUACGUUUGUGUUGACUCUGCAGUUUAUGUUUCUGUUCUCACAUUUGCAAUUUGUUGUACUCCAGAUGUCUUACAGAACCCAAGCAAUUUCUAUAAUGGGUUCCCUUUGUUUGUAGUGCAGGGAAUUUGAAAUGGCAAAACCACUUGUGCUGUGAAAAGAGCCUGUUUUAAAAUUGAUUGUGUUCAUUUCAUGUUUUUUCUUUGGUUCAUGUUUCUGCUGGAGCAAAUAAAAUAAAUAUAGAGACAUUUUUAUACCAAACAUUUUGAGUGUGAAUGCUAUUAAUUUCAGCAGUGGCAGUAUUAUUGUCCCCUUAAGAUGGCAGCAUUGUGACAAAAUAGUGUGUUCUAGCCUUGACUACAGUCUGUUGUUUUCAAGCAGGGACAUCUGGUUACCAUGUUGACUGUUUGUUUCUUCUGUGAAUUGAAGAUUGAACUUGUAGCCAGACUAGCUGCCAGAUGUCAAGAAUAGAUUAUAUUUAUUCAUAAAUAGAUUACACCAGUCCUCAUUCAGUGAUUGGAAAUAAGCAGUCUUGUUUGGAGGUAAUAAAUGCAGAACACAUGCUUACAGAGACAUUUCCAUGUGCAGGGCCAUGGUACAGGAAGGAAGCUUAUAGUAAGACCACAUCUGAGGCCUUAUUCCUGUUUACAUGAUGCAGUAAUAUGAGUACAAGAGUUGCCUGUCAAUGGAACUGUCAACUGUUUUUAUCACUAUGCCAGUUCAAGUGACCUGAACCGAUUUUUAGCAAUACAAAAAAAAAAUAUUGCAACAAUAUUGCAAAAAGAAAGAUUCAAGUAGUUGAAUAUGCUACGUAUGCUGUUAAAAUUAGCCAAAAAUACCAACUGCUCCACUUUCGUUGUGGUAAAAACCUGUUCAGAGUCAAGUGAAAAUGGAUCAACUGUCUGAUGUGUUCAGUUCAUUUACACAUACUUUCACAAGAAAACUUGC